AUGGCAACGGGGGGCGGGGCCUCGGGGGCCGCCGGGAGCCGCCGUGCGGACCUCCCCGCAGGGAUGGAGGGGCGCGGGGAGGAGGCACCAGAGGAGCCGGAGGUGUCGGAGCCCUCAGAGGAGGAAGAGGAGGAGGAGGAGGAGGAGGAGGACGAAGGCUCCGGGGUGCGGGUGACGCCGGCGCUGCUCAAGGCCACGACGGGCGAGUUCUCGCUGGAGUCCAUCCUGCUGCUGCGGCUGCGGGGCCGCGGCAUCGCGCACCUGGGCUGCCUGGCCGACUGCUCCAACCUCGAGUGGCUGGACCUGUCGGGCAACGCCAUCGCGGGGCUGGCGCCGCUGGCCGCGCUGCGCGCCCUGGCCGUGCUCAACCUGGCCGCCAACCGCGUGGCCAGCGUGGAGCCGCUGCGGGGCUGCCGCAGCCUGCGCCAGCUCAACCUGGCGGGCAACCGCCUGCGCAGCCUGCGCCAGCUGCGCUGCCUGCAGGGCCUGCGGCACCUGGAGAGCCUGCGCCUGCGGGACCCGCGCGGCGGCCUGGCCAACCCGCUGUGCGCCGCGCCGGCCUACCGCGCCGCGCUGGCCGCCAUGCUGCCCGGCCUCAAGGCCAUCGACGGGCAGCGCGUGGCGGGCCGCGGCAGCGAGCUCUUCCGCCUGUGCCGCGAGCUGGACGCGGCGCUGGACGGGGAGGGCGCGCCCGCCGCCGCCGCCGUGGCGCCCGCGGAGCCGCCGCAGCCCUGGGUGCGCGCCGGGUUCUGGGAGGCGCGGCCGGCGCGGCGCAGCGCCGUGCUGGAGGAGGCCACGCGGCAGCUGGGCCAGGCCCUGCGCGAGUGCCGCGAGCUCGGCCGCCGCGCCGACGACUCCAUCGCGCAGGCACAGCGCGCCCUCGGCCGCCGCCAGCACGGCGACUUCGGGUUCUGAGCGCCGCGGGGACACGCGGGCUGGACACGGCCUUGGCUGGGCUGGGGAACGCAAAGGUGGGAAUGGAGAACAGCCACAGCCCAGAGCCACCAUCAUCCGAGCCACAGGAGCCCAAAAACAGGGCCAGGAGAACUCCCAGAGAGUCACCCUCAUCUGAGCCACAGGAGCCCAAAAAUGGCAAUGGAGAACCCCAAAGAUGGCAAUGGAGAACACCCAAAGAUGGGAAUGGAGAACACCCAAAGAUGGGAAUGGAGAACCCCCAGAGCCACCACAGGCCAAAGCCAUCAUCAUCUGAGCCACACAACCCCAAAGAUUGGAAUGGAGAACCCCCAAAAAUGGGAAUGGAGAACCCCUAAAGAUUGGAAUGGAGGAUCCUCAAAGAUUGGAAUGGAAAGCCCCCAAAAUAGGAAUGGAAAAUCCCCAAAGAUGGGAAUGGAGAACCUCCAGAGCCACCACAGCCCAAAGCCACCAUCAUCUAAGCCACAGGACCCCAAAAACGGGGCCAGGAGAACCCCCAAAGCAACCAUCAUCUGAGCCACAGGACCCCAAAACCAGGGCCAGGAGAAUCCCCAGAGCCACCACAGCCCAAAGCCACCAUUGUCUGAGCCACAGGACCCUGAAAAUGGGACCAGGAGAAAGAACUCCCAGAGCCACCACAGCCUGAGCUGUGGGACCCCGAAACCAGGGCUGGGACACCCCCAGAGCCAGCACCAGUCCAGAUCCCUCAUCCUCCCAAGUGUGAGACCCCAAGCCAGGGCUGGGAGCCCCUCAGUGCCACCCCUGCCCAGCUGCGUUUCCUUAUCUGUGGGAGCCCAGAAAUGGAUCCAGGAAAGCCCCCAGAGCCCACAGUGUCACCCUGAGACCCCCAGAGCCACCACAAGCCUGUCUCCCUGCUCCUGUGAGCCCUGGGACCCCCACACUGGAGCUGGGGCACCCCCAGAGCCACCCCAGCCCAGCAGAGGAUCCCCAGGGAGCACCAGAGCAGCCGUGGGGAGCCCAGCCUCGGCUGGGGCACGUGUUGGGGACAGGGCACGUGGUGGCACUGUGCAUUAAACGUGUCCCACCCUC